AUGGCCGGCCGGCGAUGGCUGCUGUUGGUCUUGGUGGCACUUGCGCUUUCGCUCCGUUUCAGCGGGGUGCGCCUGGCAGCCUUUAGCGCCGGCGCAGCCGGUGCGGCCACGGCGUGCCGGCGGCAAUGGCUUCAAGGAAGUGUGCUCGGACUGGUGAUCCCUCCCGCCUUGGCGGAGGAGGGUCCUCCCUUAGGGUCGAUCCCGAAGGACUUGAAGGCCACCGCGGUGGGCGAAAAGGUCACGACUCCCAAUGGUUGUGUCUAUGAGCCAUUGGACUUAGGCACCGAAGAGACGGGUCCACGCAGUGGCCCACCGCGUGGAGGAGCCAAUGUGCAGCUGAAGUACACGGCUCGUCUGGAGAGCUUCUCUGGACCCAUCUUCGAUUCUUCGGAGCUACGGGGCAAGCGCAAGCCCAACAAGGUGGACUUCGUGGAAAGCCGAUUGAAUGUGGAUCCCAGUUUGCCCAACUGCGUCUUCGAGGCUGUGAAGCUCAUGAAGGUGGGGGCCAAAGGACGCGCCAUGUGCCCAGGGAAGUUGAGCUACAGUGAAGGCAAAGUGGCCUUUGAUGCAGAUGAGGAGGGAGAAGUCAAGAAGAUCCCUGCUGGGGCCAGUCUUUACUAUGAACUGGAGCUGCUCCGCAUCAUUAAGCCCUGA